CUUUUAAUUAAGUAACAGCAACUCCAAGCAACUAUUGUAUAACGUACUACUUCUAUUCACGCAGGACGGUAUAACAAAAACAGUGCAGUCUAUCAGUUUCUGCAAAUAAGUGCAGUACUUAAAUGUUUCUGUAAAGAAAAGCAUGACAUGAUAUUCGACAAUGUGCUUUUGUGGCAGAUUAUUUACUAUAUUGGCCGUAUUGUGAAAGCGUUAGUCUACAUUUGGACCUACCCAUCUUGGUAUUUUGUGGCAAUAUUGAGUGUGCUAUUAACAUUGGUCCUGUACCAGUGCUUUACCGAUGUUAAAAAUACGAAUCAAGUACGCGAUGCGUCGGCGACUCGCACAGGGCCGCGCGCUGGGAAAUACAGUGCCGUCAAAGGUCGUCCAUGUCCCAUUUCGCCGUCAGAUCUGUAUCUGGCCGUUAACCCUUUAGCCGAUCCACUUUUUAUUGCUAGCUCGAACAAGAGCGCACUACUGCGCUCAAUCCGGAUAUUCGGAGAUGCGUUUGACGAACCCGAUUUGAAUGAGCUAGUAGCCAGUUUGGAGACGGUGCACUUACACAACGGAAAUGUACUUUGCAACAUUGGUGAACCGGAUGAACACAUCUAUAUACUCCAGAGCGGACAGCUCCAUGUGUCCAGUGCCAAUGACCAGACAAAGGCUGCGCCCCUUGCAGUACGAAUUGUUCGUAUUCCUGGAGAAAGCGUCUAUUCGGUCAUCAGUGUACUGGAAGCACUAAACGGUUUUCUCAACAGAAAACGUCUGAGUAGGAUCACAGCCGUUGGCGGCACCGUGGUGGUCAAGCUUUCCAUCAACACUUUGAAAACAGUUUUAUCAAAGAAUCCCGAAUCGACCUUGCGCGUGGUGCAGUUGAUCAUGAUGUGGAUUCACCGCGUACUCCUGGUGGCACUGCUAAGCUUUUUGAGGUUAGACGGCAAUGCAAUGAUGAAGAUGGCGAAACUGCCGAUUGUUCCCCAACGUGAACGAGGAGAAAGUCUGGACAAACCAAGCAGCUUUCGAAGGAGCGUGCAUACAUUUGUUCCAUAUAGAAGAUCCGACUCGCAGUCGGCAGAAUUGGAAUCCAUAAGCCCAGAUGCCGAUUUUCGAUGGGGCGUGAAAGAGCUCAAAUCAAAACUCAAACUGGAUAACCUGUCAAUGUUCGAGAACAAGCUGAAAUACCUGAGCGUGCCGGCUGCCACCUUAAUUGUACAAGCAACGGAAAGCGAUGCGCCUUUGCUGUUUGUCGUAUCUGGGUGCUUAAGCGCCUGGAUCAAACAGCCAGAAGAUUACACCGACGAAAAUACAAUGGAAGCUUUUACCAUAAAUCGGGGAGAAAUGUUCAGCGGAUUAGCGGUGCUUAGUGGAGAACCGAUGCUUUUUCAAGUGGAAUCGAAAGUGGUUACAAAACUAAUUGCUAUCCAUCGACAUGAUUUUCACGAAAUGAUACGGAUGAGGCCGCAGAUUGUAUCGUCGAUUGCCCAGUCCGUAAUCUCACGUUUGUCACCUUUCGUCCGCUUGAUUGACUUUGCUUUGGACUGGGUACACAUCGAUGCCGGGCAGGUUUUGUAUCGCCAAGGAGACGAACCAGGAAACAUCUUUGUGGUAUUAGCUGGUCGAAUUCGUGGCAUUGUUAGCAGAGAGAGUACCAACGACCUGACGCGAGAUUACUGCAGAGGAGAUUUGAUCGGACUUGUCGAAGUAUACUGCAGAAUACCGCGUUUUUCGACAAUGAUGGCAGUUCGAGAUGCUGAAAUCGUUCGCAUCCCUGUUCCGCUGCUGAACUUUCUGGUGUCGCACUACCCAGCUUUAGUUACCAGACUGAUUCGAUAUCUUGGCAAAAGUGUUGCCUCCGCUCUGCACAAGGUCACCAAUCCCGAAAACCCAAUGAAUGGUCUAACGCAGCUUCCGAGCAACCCGGAAACACUGACCACCAUAGCAGUGGUUCCAUGUGAUAAGUUCACGCCACUGGACACAUUUGCUAUGGAAUUAGAGCAUGCCUUUUCCGAUAUCUGUCGAACCGUGAGAAUCUGCAGCGAUGACGUCAGGAGAGCUAUCGGAAAGCGCGCUCUAGAACCUGUGUCCGAAGCAAGGUUGUCAGCAUGGUUAGCGCAGAGCGAAGCAGAAAACCGCAUUGUGUUGUAUCAGUGUGACCACUCUUUGUCGCUUUGGACCAAGCGCAGUCUGCGGCAGGCCGACUGCAUACUACUUGUUGGAAUGGGUGACCGCUGUCCUACAUGCAAGGCGGACGCCGUACUUCAAGACAUUGACGAAUACAUUAACAGUUGUGCCACUUCUCUUCGUGCCAGGAAAGACCUCGUGCUACUGCACAAGCAUGACACCAAAAUACCGCGAUAUACGGCAGAAUGGUUGGACCAUCACGAAUGGUGCUUUCUGCACCAUCACAUCCGCUGUCCCGCACGCAUGUUUCAGCCGCGCCGGUCAAAAAACUUCCAAGAAUAUUAUCAGUCCCUUAUCCCACCUAUGAUUGACAAACACAGCGAUUUUGCUCGCUUGGCACGAAUCUUAAGCGGUACAGGGAUCGGCAUGGUGUUGGGUGGGGGUGGAGCUAGAGGUUUCGCCCAUGUCGGCAUGUUAGAAGCGAUGAAGGAAGCGGACAUCCCAAUUGACAUGAUUGCUGGGGUGAGCAUGGGUUCGUUCAUUAGCGCUUUGUGGGCACUGAAGUACAAUAUUCCCGAUGUGCGGCUCAUGGGCAAAUACUGGGCCGACAACGUCCUCCGUCCUUGGAACCUGGCGCGAGAGUUCACGUAUCCAUACAUGGCAAUGUUUAGAGGAAGAUGGUUUAACGAGAUACUGCGGACAUUGUUUGAUGACAUCCAAAUAGAAAAUCUCUGGAUUCCGUAUUUCUGCGUUUCAACCGAUGUUACCGAUUUAGGAGCCAGGAGCCACGGAAGAGGCGCUUUGUGGCGAUACGUGCGAGCCAGCAUGACAAUUGCCGGAUUCCUUCCGCCGAUCUGUGAUCCUGUUGACGGUCAUUUGCUAAUCGAUGGCGGGUACACAAACAAUUUACCGGCCGAUGUAAUGCGGCAAAGAGGGGCAGGCAUUGUCCUCGCUAUUGACGUUGGUCGUGAGAAUGACCGACAGACGUUUGCCUACGGUGACGAGUUUUCCGGUUGGACUGCUUUAAAGCAUAAGUUUUGGCCAUGGGGCGCAACUAUCUCCUUGCCGGAUAUUGCCGAACUUUUGUCUCGUUUGGCGUGCACCGGGUCGAUUAACACAUUAGAAGAUUUCCAGAAAGCGCCUUGGUGCUGUUACAUCCGACCACCAAUCACUUCCUAUCAGACUUUGGAGUUUAAAAGCUACGAUGAAGUCGUGGACGUAGGAUACUAUUUUGGUCAGAUGACCUUUUCGGAGGAUGGGCUUGUUUGGUCUAAAUUAGCAGACAUGGAAAGGCAGCUGCUGACCACGAGUUUCGGACUGUACAUACCACAUUUAGCACAGCAGCCGGUUCUUGGACAGUAUUUAGCUGAUUUAGCAUCCUACGUCCUGGUAAAGGAAGAGCCUGAAGAACAUACCCAUGAACCGGAGGAACAGGCUGCACCAAACAAAAAUCCACAACCGGACCAAAGGAUUGAGCAGGAUCAAGAUUUGGAGUACAGAGCGAAUGCUCAUAUCUUGAAGCGGAACAAAAAUGACCACGAGCCUGUACAAAUUGUCGUUCAGCACGAAACGCAAGAUGAUCUUGACACCGAGCGCAGUUCUUUUGACGCAUCGUGGAAAGUUGCUGAGCACCUUUCGGAUGUUGAUUUGCCGCCAACUGCUCUCAAAAUCGCCGAAAGCUUCUGGGCUUAUUCCUGAAAACAUUAACGGUGCAGUGGUAUACAUAUACCGUAUAUUCUUAAGCUAUCAGUACGAUGAAUCCAGCUUCGACUAAACCAAGCCUAGCCGCUUUCUGUGUACUCUCGGAACUAAAGAUGUGCACUCUUAGCAGUAUUAAACAUUCAUGCAUUCACUUUUUUAUAGUUUUAGGGCAGGGACUUUGGACUUCUGUGUUUGAUGGCAAGAGAGAUCCCGUUUCAUUUCUUUUUUUCUGUUAUUAAAUAAUUUUCUCUGAUAGUUUGCAAUUUGUAACGGUGAAAGUAAUAAGUCCACUAAAGUUAGUGAUGUAAUAAGUGCACUAUGUAGUCCAUUCACUGUUACUCAUAUUAACAACGCACUUUGUUAUUGUGUUGAUAUUACUCAUUUCAGCAGCACAAGUCGCCAUCGAACAACCAUUGUUUCUUGCCGUAUGCCGAGCAGCGGCAUAGGUUUUAUUGAAGGAUUAUCUUAGUUA